GGUCGGCUAACGCUGCUUCUAUUAUUGCACAGAAAGCUUCGUUAUUCCAACAGAGAGGAAUAUGUGGACUGCUGCUCUGUCGCUUUGCACGUUCAGAAGCUAACAUGGUUCAGUUAACUGAGUCCGUGUGAUUUCACGUGUGAACUGGCAUGGCUUCUUAACUAAAGCUAAACUAGCUAGAGCUAAAGUGCAUCUGAGCUAAACACCUGUCUGUCUUCACUAGCAGAUGGAGAGGCGGCGUCCAGCAGAAGAAGAUGUUUGUCCGCUGGAGUCUAAAUCUUUGAGGACCGUCAGAGAGAACAUCGUCUUCAGACUGGACAGGAAGUCACAGACGGCGUCCACACCUCACACAGAAAGUUCCACGGAGGACAGACAGGAAGUGGAGAGAACAUCUGUCUCAGGUGGCGGGAUGUUGGGAGAGGAGGUGGUCACCAUGGCGACCAGCGAGUCCAGUGAGGAUGAACUGGGACGACUGGACAUUGACCUGGACAGGAAGUCCAAACAGCACAACCUGACGACUAGCAACGUGCGGACCAUCCUGCAUGAGGUGAUUACCCAUGAGUGUGUGGUGGCCAUGAUGAAAGCUGCCAUCAGAGACACUCAAGAUCUGCCCAUGUUUGAGCCAAAGAUGACUCGAUCCAGACUGAAACAGGCCGUCCAGCAGGGACAGCCACUGAACUGGAGUCUGUCAGUAUUGAACACAGCCACAGUCAAGCCUCCUCAGUUUGUUGACAUUGAUCUUGAGGAGGAUGAAGGCUCGUCAGAUGAAGAGUAUUGUCCUGAUGAGGAAGAGGAGGAGGAGGAAGACACAGCUGAGGAGACCUUCCUCAGUGAUGCAGACAGCUUAGCUUCACCUCCCAGAAUGCAUCAGAGCUCUCAGCCCAAACUUCCACCAGACCAUGGGACUGAUGAACCCCUACAGAGAUGUCCAGGACACCUGCGGGAACAGGUGAUGACUUCCACCUGUGCUCCUCAGCACCUCCUCACUGCUCCUGAGUCUUCCUUCCUGGAGAGACUGAAUGCUGUGGAAGAGGAGCUGGACUGCAGUCCUGCCUACACCUAUAACCAGUCUCUGGACAGAAAAGCUGCUGAUGAUGAUGAUGAUGAUGAUGAUGGCGGUGGUGGUGAUGAAGGCUCCAGCUGUUUGGCGUACCGCACGCGCUCCAAACUUCGUCUGGUUAACAUUCCUCUGGGUCAGCUGGAGGCAGAGCUUCUGGCCCCUGACAUCACAGAUGACAUGUAUGAGCAGAGUGCUGCCCAGCAGGAGGAGGACCGUCAUUGGACGAAGUGGCUGCAGAGUCUUAUGGCCCCCGACAAUGAAGAGGAAGCUGAUGACGAUGACGACCCCGAGUACAACUUCCUGGAAGACCUGGAUGAACCCGAUCUGGAGGACUACAGGACGGACCGGGCCGUCCAGAUCACCAAGAAGGAAGUGAAUGAGCUGCUGGAGGAGCUCUUUGAUACACUCCAGGAGGAGGAGGUGGCAGCUGAGGAGGAGGAGCAACAGGAGGAGGAGGCCCUGUCACAGACUGGACCCAAAUUCAACAUUCCCCAGGCUUUACGUUUUGAGGCACCGUUAGCCAGCAUGUUAACAGAGCGACGGCGAACGGUCAGAAAACAGUACGAAGCGCUGCAGCAGAGGAGAGCCCUGCAGGACACAACCAAUCAUCACCGUGAAAACAUAAACCUGAAGGACACAGCCAGCCCACAACCCGAGACCAUCACUUCUGUCUUAGUGCUGCCAAGCCGGGUCUGCCCUGCUCUCCACCUGGACUACACCCAGAAACUGCAGCUACAGCAGCAGAUACAGCAGCAUGUGCAGCUGCUGACUCAGGUUCACCUGCUGGGUCGGCGUGUGGAUGCCCUAAACCACGAAGCCUGCAUCACUAAACACUAUCUGGAAGAGCUGCAGCAGUUUGCCAGCCGUCGGGAAGAGGUUUUUCUCCCCAGCAGUUUCAGAGUGUGCAACCUGCAGGGGGCACUGGAUCUCCUGCAGGAGGUGGAGCAGAGAUCGGAGCCUCCUCCCGUUCCACCUGCGUCUGCUGCCUCCAGACGCUGGCUACCUAAGAUGACUCCUGCAACCAACAGCCACGCCUUCCCUCUGCUGCCCGUCGACACCGCCUGGCUGUUCGCCACCCGACCCGUCUUCCUUUAUCCAGAACUACUCCCUGUCUGCAGCCUGGACCCUGCCCUCCACACCCGACACCACCGGAGUGUUUACACUGGAGGAGAGGACGGUUUGAUCGUUCUGGGUCUGAAGCACUUCGAGGGGACGGUCCAGUCAGACCAGCUGAUCAGCUCCUACCUGCUCUGUAAGACUCGUUGGAACUUCAGGAAACACGUCAGAGAGAUGAGCGGACCGAGAGCGCCACACAACAAUGUCAUCAAGACGUUCCUGACGCAGCGAGUCGUCCCCCCGCUGCCGCUCGCCUGCAACAGAGUUCAGCCAGGAGACCAGCGCCCUCCAGUGGACAGAAACACCUCCAAAAUGCCAAACUGGCUCAAGAACAGUCAGCUGAUCAUUCAGAAGACCCGACUGAACUCCACCGGUUACCCUCCUUCCCUCCCCCUAGGAUGCAACCUUAGGCUCCACCCCUACUGGCUCAACAAGUCCCGCCCCCCUCUCCCCCCACACAGGCGCCUCUUCACCUUGGCCCACAAUGCAUCUCUGCUGCCACUCGCCAAAGCCCCGGCAGACAGACAGGUAGAGAGACAGGUAGACAUGCAGCCAAUAAGCUACCUUUCCCUGCCCCCUCCAGGUGUAACGUUACUCUCUGACUCCCCCGCUGUUUCAGGAGCCCUCGCUCUGCCUCCCACCUGUGGGGCUGUCCCAUUGGCUGCUGUUAAGACAGUCCCCACCCACCCGGUGUGCACUAACAUCAUCCAGUCCUGCCUUCCUAUUGGUCAGAGGACUCAGCGGAGCAUUUCUAGGCAACAAGACAGUGGCGCCGUCCCCCUCCUCCUCCCCCUCCCCCUCCCCUCCCUGACCAACCCUGACACUACAAAUCCCAUAACACAUUGCUCAGCUGCCGCAGUAAAGCCGGGGUACUUCCUCCUCCAGAUGAUGUGGACUCCACCCCCAGCUCCGCCCACCUUCACCUCCCAGCAUGCUCUGGGGCAACAGCUCCACGGACCAAUCAAAGAAGAGCAGGAGGAGAUGGAGCAGACGUCCACAAGGCCACGCCCUCCACUGGAGGAGAAGAGACAGGUGGAGGAGGAAAGUUCAGCUUCACCAUCAACACUGAGCCCGCUGUCAUCCUGUGCAGGAGAGGAGGAGGAGAACUGGACUGCUCCGGUUGUGGUCACUUUGAAUGGAGGAGAAAACACUGGUGAAGAGGAGGAAGAGCGAGGAGAGGGAGGAGGAGGAGUAGGAGAAGGUGGAGAGGAGGAAGCAGGUGAGGGAGGAGAGGGGGAGCAGGGAGGAGAGGGGGAAGAUGAGGAUGAGGGACAGAGGGAGGACGGGGGAGGAGAGAGGGAGGAGGAUGAGGAGAAGGAUAAGGAUGAAGAUCAGGACCGGCAGGGCGAAGAGGAGGAGGAGGAGGAGGACUUUGAUGACCUCACACAGGAUGAAGAUGAGGAGGAAGUGAUGUCAUCAGCAUCGGAGGAGUCAGUGCUGUCUGUUCCAGAGUUACAGGAAACCAUGAAGCAGCUAACGUGGUUGGCAGCAGAGCGCCGGCUCUGUGCAGACGGAGACUCGGAGGAGGAUCACUCUCCGACCUCCCCUGGCUCUCAGGAGGAGGAGGAGGAGGAGGAGGAAGAGGAGGGGCGUAAAGGGGAGCAGUCAGGAGAGGGGAGGAGCAGUAAGGCGGGAAGAGACGAGGAGACGCCGUCAGGAGAGGGGACGCCCAGAGGAGGAGGGAGGUGUCCUGGACGAGGACGAGGUCGAAGCCGACCUCUUCGCGGUCUGAGAAGGAGUCGUCAGGAGCGACACAGUAAAGACGCUGCUAAACUGUUGCUGCUGUAUGAUGAAAACAUCCUGGACAACGACCCGCACAGAGAGAGCAAAGACGUGGCGUUCGCUCAGAGUUACCUCAACAGGGUGCGUGAGGCGCUGCAGGACGUACCUGGGCAGGUGGAGGAGUUUGUGUCUCUGCUGAACGAAUUCGAGCAGGUGGGAGAAGGACAGGAAGUGAUGUUGUUUAGGAAGCUGCGCUGCAUCCUGGGAGACCGGACAGACCUCCUUCGAGACUUCGCCGCAUUCCUGCAUCCUGAGCAGGCGCUGCUGUGUGGACUGUUUGAGGAGCAGCAGGCGUUUGAACGCAGCCGUCGUUUCCUGCGACAGUUAGAGAUCAGUUUUGGAGACAAUCCGUCACAUUAUCAGAAGAUCAUCAAAGCUCUGCAGACCGGUCCAGAUCUGAGUCCAACCAGCAUCCAUGAGCUAAAAGCUCAGAUGGCCACGCUGUUAAAAGGCCACACCCAUCUACAAGCUGAAUUCUGGGUAUUUUUUGACGAGCUGCGCCCACCUCCGGCCCGCCCGGGACAGUUCGAAGAAGCUCAUUGGCCAGAGGACGGAGGGGGCGGGUCAGACGGUGGAGAGGGCGUCAGCCAGGUGUCAGGAGGCGGAGCCAGCAGCGGCUUCGAGGAAGUGACUCUCCCAGAACUCGAAGAGGAAGAGGAGGGGCAUAAGAUCCAACCAAUGACGAGCCGGCGGCAGAGGAGGAAGAUGGACGCCCACAGGAACUACAAGGACUGUGAUUGGUCAGAUAAAGACUGGCCUUGCCUCUGUCGUGACGCAAAGAUCCGCAGACACAGGAGAAAAGGAUGCUCUCACUGCCAUAGCAACAAGACCUCAGGGGGCGUGUCCAGAGCUAUGAAGAGUCUGGACCCUCUGUACUCUCAGAUAAGCUCUACCCACGACGAACCAGGUGACAAAGACCUGGACCUGAAGGGGGACGAUGACAGUCCACAACCAGAUCGAAGCGUUGCAUCAUGGGAAGGCGCGUUCCCUCUGAUUGAUGAGAAAGAGGAGGAGGAGGAGCUGGAUGAUGAGGAGGAGGAUGAAGGUGAAGAGGAGAGGAAGAAUAGUGAGAAGGCACAGAGCUCGGCGGUGAAGAGGAGCAGGAGAGAGGAGGCGCUGCAACCCCCCACCUCCAUUUCCUCUAUCACCUCCCCUACCUCCCCCUCUAUUACCUCCUCAAUCCCCUCCAUCUCCUCUGUCACCCCUAUCACCUCCUCCAUGAUCUCCUCUGUCACCCCUAUCACCUCCUCCAUGAUCUCCUCUGUCACCCCUAUCACCUCCUCCAUGAUCUCCCACACCUCUAUCUCCACCUCUUCUAUCAUUUCCUCCAUCUUCACUUCAACCUCAGUUACCCCCUCCCUCUCCUCCUCUCCCUCUUUUUGCACCUCCUCCUCUACCUCUCCCACUAUCUUCUCCUCCUCCAUCACCACCUCAAUCUCUCCCUCUGUCUGCACCUCCUCUGCGUCCUCCACCCUCUCCUCCUCCUCCGCUCCUCCUCGGCCCAGUCCUCCUCCUGACCUUCCCGUCUGUGCCAAGAACAUUUCUCUGACAGCGAGCGGCGAGAAGGUCAUCCUGUGGACCAGAGAAGCAGAUCGAGUCAUUUUGACAACAUGUCAGCAGGAAGGAGCCAAUCAGAACACAUUCCAGGCCAUCUCUACUCUGCUCGGCAACAAGACUCCCAGUGAGGUCUCUCGCCGGUUUCGGGAUUUGAUGAGUUUGUUUCGGACUGCGGCUGGUCAGACCAGCUCUGAGGACAAGGGUCCGCCCACUGAGCCGUUAGCAGCCAAUGAGGAAGAGGACGGAUAUUAACCAAUUGGAAGAGCCGCGGCAGAAAAAAAUAAGUUUGUCUGAUAUUCCCAGGACCUUUAUUGUGAAAGGAUUCAUUAAAGGUCACAGAUGCGUUUACUGUACAUAAAAAAACUGUAAAUAUGAAGAUUUCUGAUUUUUUAAUGUUUUUUUUUGUUUGUUUGUUUUUAACAAUAAAACAAUUCGUUCAUCAGA